AUGGUGUUCGCUCGAGGCGAUGUCUCGGGUCAUGAUGAUCAGACAAUAGAUCAUCAAGAUCCCAACUUGGACAUUCAAAUUGUGUCUUGGGAUGGGCCUCAGGAUCCAGGAAACCCAUACAAUUGGUCUCUGCGCGAGAAAUGGCUUCUUACAGCACUCGCCGUGUUCACCACGUUCAUCACCAUGAUGAAUGGUACUAUCAUCACAGUAGCCCAUGAAGCCAUCAACGAGCGCUUCAACAUAUCUGACGCCAAAUUCCCGCACUCCUACUGGCCUGUGACAUCCUGGGCUGUAGGCGGCGGCUGCUUCUCUCUGCUCGUCCUCCCACUCAUGGAAGACUUCGGCGUGCGAUGGGUAUUCCUCGGCACGUACCUGAUUUUUCUCUGCUUCGUCAUCCCGCAAGCAGUAGCACAGAACUUCGCCACAUUAAUCGUGACAAGAUUCUUUGCUGGAGGCUGCGUCUCCAUUCUCGCUAAUACCUCGGCCACUGUCAUUGGGAAUGUAUGGGAUAGCGAACGAUCCCGGAAUGUCCCUGUCAGUCUAUACAUCGUCGCGUAUCUAGCAGGGAGCAGUAUCGGCCCUGUAAUUGGGGCUGCCAUUUUCCAGGCCCUGUCGUGGAGGUGGAUUGGCUAUGUCCAGUUGAUCUGGUAUGGCGCUUUCUUCCCGAUGUACUUCUUCCUGUUCAAAGAAUGUCGUGGAAUUGCCAUCCUAGGACAACGGGCUAAGGCCCUGCGCCGUGAGGGCAAUAAUGCCUAUACCCAGCACGAGAUCGAUACCCAAGAUCAGUCCAUGCUGAGUAUAGUAGGCCGCAGCGCGAGCAGGCCUCUCGUCCUCUUCUUCACCGAAUCAGUGGUCUUCGUAUCGACGCUCUGGUCCGCCUUCACCGUUGGCACGUUAUACCUAUUCACCCAAUCCGUCGAGCAAGUCUUCGCCGACCUGUAUGGGUGGACACCCGCACAAGCCGGCUACGUACAGUCAGCAAUUGUCGUCGGGGAAUGCAUAGGCUGGGUACUGACCCUCUUCUCGGCAAAACUAUACUUCGACUCAGCAUCGCGCAACACCGAAAUGCCCGGAACCCCUAUCCCCGAAGCAAGACUCUACCUCGCCAUCGUGGGUGGAGUGUUUGGCAUCUCUGGUGGGAUGUUCACCUACGCCUGGACCUCGUAUCCGGAUCUGCCGUGGGUCGCCCCGGCCAUCGGUCUCGCAAUGGUAGGCGCCGGCAGCGUUAUUGUGGUCACGGGUAUCUCAGACUAUGUCGUGGAUGCGUACAGCAAAUACGCAGGCAGUGCAAUCGGGAUUAUUGCCACCGGCGAAAAUACGCUGGCGGCGUUUUUGCCGUUGGCUACUAUGAGUAUGUAUUCGACUCUUGGCCUUCGAUGGGCUAGCACUUUGCUAGCCUUUAUUGCAUUAGUUCUAUCUUUUGCGCCAAUCUUGGUGCUUAUCUGGGGCAAGGAUAUCCGAGCUCGGAGUCCGUUCAUGAAAGAGGCAAUGGUAGAGAAAAGGAGGAAGAGCUUUGACUCUGUUUGA